GUGUGCCCUCACGGAAAAUGACAUAGUAUUGACAAAUGAGGAAGUGAUUCUUAUGUUGUUUUUUCUAUGCUAAGCUAGUCGCAACUCUUCGUGGGAGCUACAAUUGAAAUACGAUGCGACUUUGGUGAGUAACUCCUCUCUUUCAAAUGCAGAUAUAAUUGAACAUGUAUUCAUACAUGCGGCAUGUCAGGAUGUGUAGUUCGUCUUUUAUGUUACACAUUUAUUAAACCCCUGAAAAACAUUAACCUUGAACGUUGUAGACAGUAACCCUAAACCGUCCAAAUGUAUUUCAAAACAGUGUUGUUGUGCCUUGUGUGGCCCUAGACCAAGGCUGUAGGCAUUGGCUAUGAGCCUCAGCUCAGCAGUUUUUUUUAUGGUGAUUUGUAUUUGUGAAGGUGCUAGAGUGCAGUAUUGUUAGUUUAAUUGUAGGUAAUACUAUAUUCUGACAUGUUUAUUGUAUCUUCCUAUAACACAGUUUGAACAAUAAAGAGCUGGAUAAUUCUACCAACCAGGCUUAGGCCUGGUCACACUACGUUCCACCUGUCUAGUCUUCCUCUUGGCCCCCCUCCCAGAAACAGUAAAUAGUUCACAACAUGUCUUCAGGCCCACCUCAGUCGCCCACAGUGGCUAAGACAGAGGUGACUGUUGAAGGAGAAUGCCCUAUCCUCGCUGUCACCUUUGCCUACUGGGACAACAUCCUGGGCCCGCAGGUGUGCCACAUCUGGGCUCCCAGGUGCGAGCAACCGCUGUUGCUGAGCGAUGGCGAGGUCACCUUCCUGGCCAAUCACACGCUGAACGGGGAGAUUCUGCGCAGUGCAGAGUGUGGCGCGGUGGACGUCAAGUUCUUCGUCCUAGCCGAGAAGGGUGUCAUCAUCAUUUCGCUCAUCUUCGAUGGCGAGCUGAAGGGUGACAAGAACACGUGUGCCCUGUCCAUCAUCCUGCCUCAGACAGAGCUGGCCUUCUAUCUGCCCUUGCACACGGUCUGUGUGGAGAGGCUCAAACACAUAAUCCGGAAGGGACGCAUCUGGAUGCAGAAGGUAAGUGUUCAGAUGCCAUGUUCCAAGUCUACCCCAUACUAGGCCAUCCCCUUAAGGCAGUGUUUCUUAAUCCAUUCCUAGGGAAAUUGACAUUCUUGUUCUAUCCCAGCACUAACCCAGCACGUGAAUGACCUAUGCUCCCCAAAGAGUGAAAGGGUUAAAAUCCAGUAAGUCAGCACUAACACCUGAAUCAUGAAGCCUGCCAUGCCUUUUUUUGUCAUUGACGUACAGGGCUACAACAUCAUUUCUAUGCUGACAUCAGAGAUUGUCCCCAUCAUGGAGCUGCUGUCUUCCAUGAAGACACACAGUGUCCCAGAGGACAUAGACGUGAGUAUCUGAACCAAUCAUGCACAUUGGGCAACACUUUAAUCAUGCAAAACAGUACUGUGCAAAAACUACAGUAGAACUCAACUACAGUAGAACUCACCAUACUCUGCAGACCCGUUUAUGUAGGAACUUCUACGUCCACGAGAAGGAGACUAUUAUCACUAUUGUCACAUUAUUACAUCCAAGAAUGACAUCGAACUAGUUUCACUGAUAUGUUAAGUCUCACACGGCUUUCGUUACACAGCUUUCGUUACAUACCCCAAAAAAAACGUUGAAUAUGAAACUAAAACUUCAAAGCCUCCACAUCAUUAAUCUCUGUGAAAAAAUAAAGCUCUAAGUUCUAACCACUAUGAGGCUCGACUGAAGCUUUAAUUAACAUUUUGCUAUUCAUCAAUGAGACAAAUUGCUAACUCACGAUUCCACUAUAAUUUGAAGAUUAGGCUACUCAAAUUCACCAAAAACUAUUUUCUGUAUGUCUCACUAUAGCUAUAAAAAAUGUAUCUUGUCCUUCGUGUUGAGGAUUAUUUCACCAAGGACUGUGUUUUUCCCUCCGUGUUAGAUCAAGGACACCAUCCUAAAUGACGAUGACAUCGGAGACAGCUGCCAUGAAGAUUUCCUGCACAAGUAAACACUUUUAAGAAACUUUGGCUGGGAUUCAGUCGUAGGCCUACCUGCUAUAGAAAUGUAAUUAUGAAAAUUGGAAGCAUCUGCUUGCGAGUUGAGUCUACCUGGUAUUUUUGCUGUGCCCAAAACCAUUAUUUUACUGUAUUUAACCAUAGGAAAAUGAUAAAUACUGCAAUGCAGUUUUUAUUAAAUUGAACUAUGAGACUGAUGAGUAAUCUCGCUUGCCCACUAUCAAGACUGAUGAGUAAUCUCGCUUGCCCAAUAUCAAGAAACAACUUUGAGUGCUCCUGUGUUUAUUCAUUUCUGGGAUAGUCACAGGGUUGAAGAAUGUUUCACUCUCCCUCAGUUUAGCACCUUUCCUCUCCUUUUUUGUCCAACCUGGGCUGGUCCAUUGGGUGCACAUUGCUUACCUUGCACACUAUAUUUGUGAUUAGGUUGUAGUUAUCAGUGGAGUGCAGUUAUGCACCCCUGAAAGAUCUGUCAAAACAUAAUUAUCUUAGCUGCCUGUGGAGAUAACAAAUGCACUGCAAGUCAUAAUUUAUUUACUCAGCUUUUAAGUGUUCUUGCAGUAGUCAGGAAACACUUUUGUGUCAUGAGAUUUAUUUGAUUGAUCCUCUUGUUUGGAUAUUUAGAGAACUAUAUUGAAUGACAGACACACACAGCAAAUCUUUUACUAUCCUUGUGGGGAUCAAAAAUGUAUUUCCAUUCAAAAUCCUAUUUUCCCUAACCUUAACCCCUAACCCUAAACCUCUAAUCCUAACCCUAUUGUAACCAUAAACCUAACCCCCAAACCUAAAAUAGCCUUUUUCCUUGUUUUACUAUCUUUGUGGGAUCUUUUGGGGAUUUCCGGUACCCAAAAGGAUAGUAAUACAAGCCCACACACACAAGGACACAUUUCAAUCUUGCUCAUGUUCUCAUUAUACUAAAUUAAUAUAAAGUGACCAUCCCUCAUUCUUGUCAUUAAUACAUAAUUUGCCUCCGUCUCUCAGGGCAAUCAGUUCUCAUCUCCAAACCUGUGGCUGCUCCAUGGUGGUCGGAAGCAACCCAGACAAAGUCAACAAGGUACUGACAGGCUGCCAAUACUCUGUGCUAAGCACAUGCAUACACUGGCUGCUGUAUCAGCAUAUGUAUUCACACUCAUCCACACACUAGCUGUAUCAACAUAAAUGUUCUACACACAGACGUGUCUGCAUAUGUUGCAUAUCUAAUAAAAUAUUGCAGCAUACAAAAUCCCACAAUACUGGUUAACACGCACACACACCUCCAAAUCCUCUCUCCCUCACGGAAAUGCGGAUGUGUUAUUGAGAGGUAUUCCACGUUGAUAUUCAUUCAUAUGUUUUCUUGUACUCUAGAUAGUGCGCACGCUGUGCCUCUUCCUCACCCCUGCUGAGAGGAAGUGCUCUCGGAUCUGUAAGGCUGACUCUACUUUCAAGUACGACACAGGACUUUUUGUACAAGGCCUCCUCAAGGUACCCCACCACGCUACUCUAAAUUACAGUUUUCCUACUGGGUGUGCAGGCUUUUGUUCCAGCCCAGCACUAACACACCAACUAAUAAUGAUCUUCGGUCCAAUGUGUUCAAUGAGAGAUACAUUAAAGCCUUGUUUUACUCACAUCAAUAUUAUCCCAUUGUAAGUGCAUGUAAAUGUCACGCAAAUGAAUAGUCUUUUUUCAAACCAAGGCCUCAAAAAAUUAACAAAAGGUCAUAACUUUACAACAGACUGCCACUUUGGCAUUGUGAUCCCCCUCCUCAUUACUCUCCCACUCCUUUCUCCCACCCAGGACUCCAUGAGCAGCUUUGUCUUCUACCAGGUGCUGUACUCGCCCUACCCGACCACGCACAUCGACGUGGACAUCAACACGGUGAAGCAGAUGCCGCCCUGCCACGAGCACACGUACAUGCAGCGUCGCUACAUGCACUCAGAGCUCAGUGCGCUUUGGAAGGCGGCCAGCGAAGAGGACAUCGCCCCCAACACCGGCAUCCACACUGACCAGUUCUUCACCCCUGACCAGUAUGCUCUCUUCUCUCCUGUUCUGUUCUGUUAUUCCAAUUAGAUUGGAAUUGGCAGUGUUUAUUUUGCUGCCUAACCGCAUUGCUUGAUUUAUUUUAUAUGUAUCAAAUUUGUAUUUGUCUUUCUUACGUUUACAUUAAUGAAAGAAAUAUGGAUGUUAUUCUGUUUUUAUGACCACUAAAAGCUCCACUCUUUUCUCAGAAAUAUAUUUCAGGACGUUAUGCAUAAAGACACCCUGGUAAAGUCAUUUAUAGAUGAGGUAAGACACCGGCAUAAAGUAAGCAACAAUAUUUGUGGUGCGAAAAAUGUUAUUGUCAUUUGUCAGCCAUUGUUGGCUUAUCAGGGCCAACUGUAAUAGUUAAUUCUCUGUUUUGUUCCCAGGUGUUCAUGCUGAAGCCAGGUCUCAAUCUGCGAAGUACUUACUUGGCCCAGUUCUUGCUGAUCCUUCACAGGAAGGCGCUCACACUACUCAAAUACAUCGAAGAUGAGACGUGAGUUACCUCUCACUAUGGAAGCAGAUGUAAUUGGUUUUAAUAUGACUUUUGCCCCAGCACAGCAGCGCACCAUGUAGUACAACUUUUGAUAAGAGCUUGAAUUCCCCACCCGCAGGCAAAAGGGAAAGAAGCCUUUCCGCUCCUUGCGCAGCUUGAAGACAGACCUCGACCUGAUGGUGGAAGGCGACCUGAAUAUCGUCAUGGCAUUGGCUGAGAAGCAGAGGGCUGGACUGCACUCCUUUGUAUUUGGGAAGCAAUUCUACACCAGUGUACAGGAGCGAGAUGUGCUCAUGAGCUUUUGACUCUUUUACUCUCAUCGUCAUGACAUAUGUUUUUAUCAGCUCUUAAGAAAUGGGUAAGAAAUGUACAUAUGACUUGUCCAAAAGCUGCCUUUACUAGGGUGACAUUUUCUGUCCACUAAAGACUGUUGAGGUGUUAAAAUGUGCAAAAAAAUACAGUAUGAUGAUCAGAAUUUUGAAAUUUCAGAUGUCCAUUGAGUCGGAUUUGUGCUGCUGUCCUUUAUUGCUAAUCUUCAUUGUCUUAUUCAAAGCAUGAGUCUAGUGUCUUCAAUGUCUGUGUUGUACAACAAGCCCUUGACGGGACUCCAAAUGUUUGGAUACCAUUUAUAUCAAUAUUAGCACACUGAUUGUACAACAAUCUGGAUUUCAUUUACAUUCACGUCAUUUAGCAGACGCUCUUAU